CGACAUGCCAUGAAUCGACCACAUUUAAACUGUGCACCGAUAGACGCCAACACCUGUAUGGAAUCCCCAAGUAUCGAUUUGUAACGUUCAGGUAAGAUGGAAGACAGGAGAGUGACUGAGGAGAACCAACAACCUACCCAAGUCCCGCGGGUGGGUGUAUCACAGACUCGUCGCCGCUCCCCCUCGGGGACAGACAAAGCCAUAGUCGCCGCGAUAGAUUUCGGUACGACGUAUUCGGGAUACGCUUAUACGUUCAGGAGCGAGUUUGAGAAGUCAGCAGGGGCGCGGGAGAUCUUCUCUAACAGGUGGUCCCCCAACACAGGGGCGCUUCUGUCGGCCAAGGCCCCCACCACCGCCCUGUUUGACUCUGGGAUGAACUUUCACUCAUUCGGGUAUGAAGCCGAGGAGAAAUACGCGGACUUGAUACAGGAAAAAUUACAGAAAGAUUGGCACUGCUUUAGGAGAUUCAAAAUGAAACUACACGACAGAAUGGUACUGAGCCGUAAGCUGGAGAUCACAGAUGAGGCUGGGCGCCCUUUCCACGCCAAAACCGUAUUCACCGAGAGCAUCCGGUAUCUACGCCAGCAGUUGAUCAACACGAUCGAGAAUCGAAACCCUAUGAACAAGAACGACGCCAUACAUUGGGUUCUUACCAUACCCGCCAUAUGGACUGAACCCGCAAAACAGUUCAUGCGCGAAGCGGCAAUAGACGCAGGAAUCCCCACCGGAGACUUACAAAUAGCCCUUGAGCCUGAGGCCGCCGCUGUUUACUGCCGAUCCCUUCCGGAAGGCAUUUUGAGAGACUCCCAGGAUCGCGGGGUGACGGAUGCCUUCCGGCCUGGUGGGUGUUACAUGAUCGUCGACCUAGGAGGUGGAACUGUUGACACGACUGUACACGAGGUAGCCGAAGACGGCCGACUUGUGGAGAUUCGACAAGCGUCUGGCGGACCCUGGGGUGGUACCUCUGUCGACGAUACGUUUUACGGCUUUGUCGUUAGGAAGUUUGGCAAAGAGUUCAUUGAGCAAUUCCGAAUCGAACGAGCCAGUGAAUGGAUGAAGUUAUCCAUGGAUUUUGAAACACAAAAAAGAAAACUCAAAUUUGAAACUAACUAUAACAUCAGGAUAGAGAUUCCUCAGCGUCUGAUCGCGGAGAGUAACCUACAGGUAGCCGACAUCCAAUCCUACAAUAAACUGAGCAUAGAAAACGAUGAAUUCAAAAACUUCUUCCGUCCAUCUUCAGAGGAUAUCGUGGCCCACAUACAGUCGAUUCUAGCGGAAGUGAGUAAGGUUGACUUGAUUUUAUUGGUCGGUGGGUUUGCUACAUCCGGGUAUGUUAGCCAUGUCAUCAUGGACGCUUUCCCUGAAAAACGCGUGGUAGUUCCGCUGCAGGCGGAAGUGGCUGUAAUGUACGGCGCCGUGCUGUUUGGGUUCGAGCCUUUGGUCAUCAGUUCAAGAGUUUGUCGAUACACCUAUGGAAUUGACGUCUUCGAGGACUUCCGAGAAGGGUAUCAUCCGCCGGAGUACAAGGUGGUGAUAGACGGAGAACCGUCCUGUGUGAAUGUGUUCAGUGUCCUUGUGAAUGAAGGAGAAGCCAUGGGAGUUGCAGAGAAACGCAAGCGAACGUACUCUUCCACACACCGAGAUGAAGAUCGUAAGUACCUCAUAAUGGACGUUCCGGUGUUCGCCUCCAAGACAGCUUGUCCCAAGUACACAACGGAGGCGACCUGUGUGGAGCUCGGCCGCAUCCAGGUGGAGCCACCGGCAGACGGAUGGCCGCUGGAGGUCCACUACUCUGUUAACAUGUUCUUCGGGCAGACUGAGUUCAAUGUUAUCGUGAAAAACGACGUCACUGGACACGAAUAUAAAUCCAGACAUGACUUUCUGCAGUGAGGGAAUAUAACAUGCAUUCUCAAGUAUUAUCACUUACAUUAUUUUAUUUACGUGGCAAUGAAAAUUAUGCUGAUUGUAAUUGACAUCCAUCCCGUGGCCAUUAUGAAGUCACAAGUGUGAGGUUAUAAACGUCAAAGAAAUCGUACAGAAGCGAGGAUAUAUCCUUCUUACAUGUUGUAGGCGAAUGGAUUGUGGCGAAUUGUUGCUCAGAUGUCUUUUGCCAAGAGGACACUGAUGGCCUUAGACCCGAUAUAUCCCGCGACAUAUAGCUAUGGGAGGCCACUUAAAAGUGAAGAAUCGAGAGAAUUAUUGCCCGUCUCCAUCCAAAUUUAGGGGUUAUAAAGAUAGACCAAAAAUAAUGUGUUUUUCUCCUCGCCCUUGUUUAUCUCUUUUUUUCUUUCCUCUGUAUGAUUUGUUUUCCUCUUUGGUAUCUCCUUCGUCCGUCCUCAUGUGACCCAGGUGGAUUUUAUAACCCCGUAAAACAAAGCCGUCCAAAUAACUGCCCAUCGCCCGGAAUAUUUUAUAUUAAAUUUUAAAUGAUCUUCAUAAAACAACAAAGGGUGCCGUAAUUGGUAGAAUGCAUUGAACUCUCUAGUUAUGGUAUUGAAAGUGGUUAUAAAUGACAAAGCUUUUAUGGACAAAUAUGAUGCGUGCUUAUCCACAGCUAGACAUUUCAACGCUUGCUGUUCAUUUUGUAAAGUUUGUCGUUGGCAGGUAAAUAAAUAUAUUUUUUUUUACAAUUAUAUAGAAAAAAGCUAUUUCAGGUUUCUUUAAUUUUAUACUUGGAUGCAAUAUUUAUACAAAUUUACACAUGCCACUUUAUAUAUAUAUAUAUAUACGUUCUAUCAUAUUUCAUCAGUGUCAAAUUUUACAUAGCAAGUGUUGUCGAUGAAGUAGCUUAUACGCUUCCGAAACCUCUUGUCUUUGUAUUUUUCUACUUUUUAAGAGCCUCAUAUCUUGAUAUUGUGUAACAAUAACGAUUUAUUCUACGUCUGUAUUAUCUUGACCUUUUUGUUCUGAAUUGCGUUGAUUGUACACAUAUGUUUUAUUUCUGUGACACACGUGACUCACACCUUCCUCCACGACUGUUUUAUGACUGUGAUUCAUGUGAUACAAGCUUUCCCUACGUCCAUAUUUGGGUUGGGAAUUUGGUCCCUGUGCCCACAUUUACCAAUUGUAUAUUAUAACUGUGAUAAAAUGUCUACAUCCGUCCAACAGAAUCAUUAAUUCCAACAUAUGUUUACAAGUAAUAAAAACUGUACAAUAAAAAAUGCA